AUUAUCUCCAUCCUUGCUCGUCACAACACAAGAACUACUACUACUAUUACUGCAGAGAAGUCUCUCUAGUUUGAAACCCACAAAAAAGCUAAAGCCUCCGUGGCUGUCUUUCUCAAACUCUGGUUGUCAUUUGCUUGACGGAGAGAGAGGGCUGAAGUUGAAGCUAUCUCAAGAGAUGGUACGGAGCUCAAAAUCUUAGGGUGCACCUGUCUUUCUCAACCUCUCUCUCUCUAGUCCCCACUAUAGCUUCAAAGUUAAGCUACAGUUUCAAAGCCAACCAUAUAGAUAAUAUGUUUUCUUCCAACAGCAAUGGCUACUCUCUUCCUAAUUCAGUCCAUGAAAUCAACCCCAAUUACUUUUCUCCGUUCUUCCACUACGAAGACGACGUGGUCCUUCAGAACUUCCAUGAGCUCUUCCUCCAGCCGGCCCUGACAGCAGACUGUGCCGCCGCCGGAACCGCCAUGGCGGAGAAAGGAGAAUGUGAAAAGCAGAUUCUGAGAAAGAGAUCUUCCAAGAAAGACCGCCACAGCAAGAUCACCACGGCGCAAGGCCCGCGAGACCGGAGGAUGAGAUUGUCGCUUGAAGUUGCCCGGGAGUUCUUUAAUCUGCAAGACAUGCUGGGAUUCGAUAAAGCCAGCAAAACAGUCGAAUGGUUGUUAACCAAGUCCAAGGGAGCCAUCGAGGAGCUCACCGGAGGGAUAAAGAAAAGCUUCAGCGACGGCGCAAACAGUGCAUCCUCCACUUCUGAGUGUGAAGUUGUGUCCGGGACCAACACUUCUGUGGCCACUGGAGAUGUCAUGAUCCAAUCCCAAAUCCAUAAAGCCAAGCCGCCCUCGGCUUCUUCUGCCAAGGAAAUCAAGAAGUCGGCCAGAUCAGUGGCCCGCAAAUCUGCAUUUCACCCUCUUGCGAGAGAGUCUAGGGAGAAGGCGAGGGCGAGGGCAAGGGAAAGGACUAGAGAGAAGAAUGAAUCGAAAUUUCCAGUGGAAGGGGUGAAUCAUGAAGUGAAUGGCCGAUUAGGGUCUUCUUGGAGCACUGAUCCCUUCGAAUAUGGAGAAGAAUCCGCUGCUCAAAGCCACAACAUCAGCCCCUUCGACAUUGAAGCGCUCAGUUCAUCCAUGAUUUUCAACAACAAUCUGCAAAGCAGUGGGAUAUCUGAAGAGCAUCAUUUCCCAGACUUCCAAGUUUAUGGCAAGCCAUGGGAGGCCUACAACAGUAUAAAUCUAAGCUAAGUAAGCCCAUCACGAUUACUUGUAUCUUCUUUGUUGCUUUGAGAGGAGAAAAAUCCGAAGAAGGCUCUAGAUACAUAAUCUGCCUUUCUUUCCAUUUGGGAAAUAUGUUCCAAUAGAUAUGUAUCUAUUAAUGAACAUAUACAUAUCCCUCUAAUUUGUGAACUGAAGCUACUUUGUUGAGAUGAUUGUUAUGUACCAUUUAAUUGUAAGUGAAAACUCCUAUCUUUCUUGAUGUGGAAUCUCUCUUGUGCCCUUCUGAACCUUCUGUGGUUUAAAGAGACAACCAAGAUAAGCCUAGCUAGGCCAAACAGAACUGGAUAAAUAUAGUACUCUAGAGAUACCGUACGGUGCAAACUAUUAACAGCCACAGGCCUUCUGCUUGUUUCUUCAUUCUUUUCUCUACUGCAUAUAUAUUGAUGC